AUUGGCUAUUCAGUCAACAACAAGGCCAAGCACGGCCCAGCACCAGGCAGUGUGUUGUUUUACAGGGCAUCGAACUCAGUAUGAUGCCUGGCGCCACCCCGGGAAAGAAGCUGGAUCUUUCCAAGCUCACCGAUGAGGAGGCCAAGCACGUUUGGAAAGUUGUGCAAAGAGAUUUUGACCUGAGGAAGAAAGAGGAGGACAGACUUGGGGAUUUGAAGACAAAGAUAGAGAAGGAAGACACCAAGAGAGAGCUGUUGGGCAAAGAGACUGGCUUGGCCGAGUCUCAUUGCAUCCGCUGUCUCCAGCCCUUCAAGUUUCUGGUCAACAGCAAGCGGCAGUGUUUGGACUGCCAGCUGUACAUCUGCAAGUCCUGCAGCCGCUACAACAAGAAGGAGCAAGGCUGGGUCUGUGACCCCUGCCACAUGACCAGGGUCCUCAAGAUCGGCACCCUGGAAUGGUAUCAUGAGAAUGUGCGUGCACGCUUCAAGCGCUUUGGCAGUGCCAAGGUGAUGCGAUCGCUUUUCAAGAGGCUGAGUGGAGAAGACAGCAGCUCUCAGACUGACCUCAGAGAGCCCUAUGAGUAUGACACACAGAGCAUGCCUGAUACUCAUGAUGGGUAUGAGGAGCACAGCUUGUACGUGACAGAUGAUCACCAAGACAGAGCGAUGAAAAAGACCAAAAGGCUACUUACUGUCCACCCGUACGAUUUUCAUCUGGACUCGGAAUACACCUCCGACUCAAGGAGACAGUCCUAUCAGGUUCACGAGGAGAGACACAAGGAGCAGGAGCCCGAUUUCAACAAUGAAGUACGACUCCACCCCUACCACAGGAUGAGCCUGGGUUCGGCUCCACGCCACGACGACAUAGCAUACCCUGAGAGCCGAGCCUCACAGACCCACUCCUCAUCUCGACUCAGCUACUCCUCAUGUGGCAGCAGCAGUGCCGGGGGGCCCCACCACAGCGGCGGCUACCUGCCGGGUCCAGAAGACUCUGAGGAGGAGGAGUAUGGUUGCCAUCCCUAUACGCUGUAUCGUUCUCACCAGCGCCUACGAAACCACGCUUCCCAGGAGAGCCUCACCUCAGUAGCCUCAACAUCACAGAUCAUUGAACUACACAGACGAAUGUCAGCCAUUGAAAUGCUCUUAAAUCGCUUGGAACAGGUCGCUUCUCCAGCUGAACAGGCUGAACGGGACCACCAGGCUCCCCAGAACCCAGCCAGCAGCAUUCCUCCUCCCAAAUGGGAGGAGGCAAAGCUGGAGGAGCAACAGCUAAGGCAGAGACUAGAGGAGAUGACAGGCAAUAUCAGCGACCCCGGCCUGACCUCAGAUGAAGAUGAAUCCAAACGGCCAGACUCUCCAAAGGAGACCCCAAGUUGCAGGAGCCCAGCAGGGGAACCCAACCACUCCAGGAAUUCAUCCAGAUCAGGCUUCUCGGCCGCCACACAAGAUGAGACGCUGUACAGGAAAGCUGAAUUUCCGAAGGCGUACUGCUCAACAGAGAGCUUGGAGGUGAAAGAGUGCCCCAUUGAGGACAGUGCCAAGGGGGACUUCAGAGGGUCCACGGCUUUACUCUUUGAGCUGGAAGGCAAGGUAGCCCAAGCAGCUGCUGGCAUCCAAAACAGCCAGAGUGAGGUCUCUUACAUUGAGAACAGGAUUGCUGCUCUGAGUGCUGCUGGCAUGUCGGUGGAUGAAGGCAGGAGAAAGUCUGCGAUCCCGAUCCACACAGGAAGACUCUCCCACGGCUUUCCCACAAGACAGGUGGACAUGUUUAAGAGAAACUCCAUCUACAGGGGCUCCCUGACCCAGAGGAACCCAGUGGUCAAACCCAAGACCAGGGCAACUUGUGCAAAACCAGUAAUGGCACAGGAUCCAUGAGGAGGAAGCUGAGCUUUAUAUGAGGGAGCAUGUGUCUGCUCCUUUUGUCAAGUUUUUUGCACUUACUGCAUCUCAUACCAUCGUCUGCUCCUGGUGGAGCAGUACUGCCUGCAUGCUGUGCAUUGGGGACAUGGGUUAAAAUUUCUCUAGAGCUGGCGUGAACGUUUCAGUGGGCUCCGACAGACAUGUUACUGAUGUAGUUUGUGUCUUUGAAAUUGUCCUCUUUUGGGCUAUCAAAAAUAACAUCAUGCAAUGUCUGUGGUCUAGAUUACACUUUACACACUGUGCUUGGCCUUCAUUUUGACGUGUUGGUGCAGCUUCCACUAUCUAAACCUUCUAUUUAAAGAUCAGAAGUUGUUAAUUUCCCAGAUUUUAGUAUGUAAUGCUUGCUGAUGGAACGUGUGGCAAGACAAAAUGAGGGCUUGUCACUAUUACAAAUGGACAGCUAUGUCUUGUGGCAAAAUUAUGAUGUUGUAUGUUUUGCUUUGUCAGAUGAUAAAUCAUUUGUUUUCAACUGAAUGCACUUAAAUCAUAUAUGAGAAUGAUUUGAUCCUAUAUUUAUUGAACUUGUUGUUGUUGUUUUAACUUGCUUGUUAAAUAACCUGCAAUUUGAAAUAACUAUAUUUGAUUGUGUUUUGUCUCAUCAACGAGAGAAUACACCAAGAAAGAAACAUGCCAAUGAGGUCUGUGCUUAGGGUUUCUUUCAUCACAGCUAAAUAGCUUAGAACCUCUUCAUCCAUAACAUUAUGUGGGACACAAGCAGCUGGUGACAUCAUUCUAGUUAGAUUGGAAAGACUGCAACGUUAACCCCCCCCUUUUUUUUCUCCCCAAUUGUACUUGGCCAAUUACCCCACUCAUCCGAGCCAUCCCGGUCGCUGCUCCACCUCCUCUGCCGAUCCGGGGAGGGCCACAGACUACCACAUGCCUCCUAAUACAUGUGGAAUUGCCAGCCACUUCUUUUCACCUGACAGUGAGGAGUUUCGCCAGGGGGAUGUAGCAUGUGGGAGGAUCACGCUACCACCCCCCCGAACAGGUGCCCCGACCAACCAGAGGAAGCGCUAGUGCAGCGACCAAGACACAUACCCACACCUGGCUUUCCACCCGCAGACACGGCCAAUUGUGUCUGUUGGGACGCCUGACCAAGCCGGAGGUAACACGGGGAUUCGAACCAGCAAUCCCCGUGUUGGCAACGGAAUAGACCGCCAUGCUACCCUGACGCCCCUGCAACAUUCAUGUUGGUAUUAUUUUCCAACAACAAUCAGCCUCUAAUGUAGUUUGCAACCAAACAAAGACAUGGCUGCAUUUCCAGCUGAUGCUUGUCUUCCUGGGUGCUUUGCCAGCCAGCGGACUAUAAUUAGGAACCAAACGUUCUUCCUUCAUCAUGACUCUGGCCAAUUAUGUGUUUUUGAUGGCGCACUGUCUGCAGUUUCAAAUAACCUCUACUUUAUAUCUCGUCAGCGUGGUGAUUAUACGUCCGUUCUUGUUGAGGACUCCGGUUAAAUUACCUCUUUUAUGUAUAAAACCCAACAAACACAUUUUCUCUCUGUACUUGUUUCCCUCCUCUGGGUUUGUUGCUGUCCCUUGUAUUAAUCUUGAGGGCGGAUUUCAUCAGUCUGAACUCAAGAGUUGUUUUCGUGGCUGUUACCAUCAGACAUAUCGGCAUACAGCCAUAGUGCAGAAGGCUCCUUUCCUCCAAGAUGGAAACAUUACUGAAGUUAACUAGUCGCCAUUGAUUUGCAUUAUUUUCCAACACUAUUCCUAGGUAAAAACAGGUAUACCUGUUUGACUCCGUGUCUUUUUUUGGCUCGUUUCCCCAGUGGUUUGGCUGUGAUUGCUGUUCUUUUCUAGAGAAAGGCCAUAUAUAAUGAAAGCACUUACUGGUUCUCCCCCUUCCACCUGAGUACUGUACAGGAGAUAGAAGAGAAUGGCCUAGUCCUUUAGUCCUAUGUACAUACUUUUUAUAUGUACAGAUGACAUCUGCUUUUUGUUUUCUGGACAACCCCCCCCCCCCCAGCAUGAGUGAGACCGCAUGCUGUG